AUGGCGCUAGCCGCUCUUGUCUCUGUCGCUCACUCUCAUGGUGUUAUCCUUGCGGCUACCGGUGACUCUGGCGAGAGUCAAGGUUUUGCUGUGAACGAGGCCCUUGCCAGGAACUGCACUACCAUCAGCCCAUGCCAGCUAGAUGCCACCAUUAUUCGAGACUCGGAGAUCACACAGAACAUCGUCAACUCAUGCGGACGCACAGAGCUCCAGGGAAACAUCGACGUGGGUGAGGAGACGGAGAACGCUCUCGCCGCCAACAAAGUCACCACCGUGACCAAGGGAAGUUCCAUCGACGUCACGAUCCACCAAGUCAACGCCGACGGAGCCGGACCCUAUGAGUGCGAGCUUGACGAAACGAGUAAUGCUGCCACGAACUUUGUCCCCUUGAAGGUUUCCAACAACGUCCCUGGCGCCAAUGGCCUCUCACAGGCCAAGGAACAGCAGUUCGUCAUCAACGUCCAGAUGCCUAACAACUUCAACUGCAUUGGAGCUUCAACCGGAAACAUUUGCACUGUUCGAUGCCGCAACACAGCCGUCGCAGGACCGUUCGGCGGCUGCUUCGCUGUCCAACAAACCGAUGGCACUGGCCGACAAGAUACCGCAGCAUCCGUCGACACUGCCCAGACCCUCAAAGGCAUUCAAGCCCAAGUCCUACAGAACCAGAAGGACCUUGACGUCGCCAUUGCCGCAAACCAGGCCGCCGGUCUUGCAGGCGGCAAUGAGGGCGCUAGUGCCAUCUCCGCUUUGAUUACGGCGACUCUCGAUCCAAAUGCCGCCCAGCCUACAGGUGCGGUCGGAAACGGCAACGGAAACGGUAAUAACGGUAAUGGUAACGGAAAUGGCAAUGGAAAUGGAAGAGGUCGGACCGGUGGUAACGGAAAUGGCCGUAACAGGGGUGGCAAUGCCAACCAGAAUGCGAACCAGAACGGAAACCAGAACGCAAACCAAAACGGAAACCAGAAUGCCAACCAGAACGCCAAUCAGAAUGCGAACCAGAAUGCCAAUCUGAACGGAAACCAGAAUGCCAACCAGAACCAGCAGACAGGACAGAACAACAACCAAGGUGGGCAAAACCGAAACAACAACAAGCGAUCGUUCAUGGCAUACUUCCUGGCAUAA